AUGGGUGAACUCAAAAAUAAAAAUGGGUAUAUUAUUCGACAAUUUGGUACAAAGAUGAUGAUGAUUAUAGAUGGUUCAAUGAUCAACAAAUUUGUCGAAGACACUGAGGCUUUUUACAAAUGCACCGAUGAAAAAUUCAAGGAACUCGAUGUCGAUAGUGAUGGACUUAUUUCCCGCAAUGAUCUUCCCAAGGGAGGGCUUGGACAAUGGGUUUUAGCAAUAGAUGACGAAGCUUAUUCGGACGAAGACAUUAAAGAAGCUUACGAUUUGAUCUUCGAUGGAAGUACUUCGAUUGGUCUCGAGACCUUUCGUUUGAUGGCAAAAGAAAUCAUGCUAGCAUUGGUUCGAGGUAUUGGUGACAUGCCUAUUGGUAUGCUCCUUAAUGAAGAUAGCUUGAUCUUCAAGGCUUGUCUUCAUAGUAAUUAGAAUAGAAAUAGCUUUUUUUUUUUUUUUUUGAAAAGAAUAGAAAUAGUUUUUACAAACAAUUAGAGAUGAUUAUGUAAUUUCUAAA